AUGCCCGCCAUCACUACUUCUGCUGUUUCUCCUAUCUCGUCACCAGUUCUCUACCCAUCCGUAACCCAUGAUCUCGAAACCGCCAACCAAAAGUUCGCAGCAACUUUCACAAAGUCGCAUCUACCCUCUCCGCCCCGUCGUAAAGUGGCUGUGGUGGCGUGCAUGGAUAGCAGAUUGGAUGUUGAACAAGUUCUGGGGCUAGAUAUUGGUGAUGCGCAUGUCAUCAGAAAUGCUGGCGGCCGUGCCGUGGAAGCGCUACGAUCAAUCUUGAUUUCUCAGCAGAUGCUCGGAACCCGUGAGAUCAUCAUCAUGCACCAUACCGGCUGCGGCAUGCAGAGCUUCUCGGACAACGAUUUCCGGAGCAAGAUCCGGCGGGAACUAAAAGAAGAUGUCGAUCAUAUGGCGUUUCUUCCUUUCUCAGAUCUGCGACAGAGUGUUAUUGAUGAUGUUGCUUUUUUAAGGAAGAGUCCUUUGGUUUUGGAUGUGCCUAUCACCGGGUAUGUGUAUGAUGUCAACACGGGCCGGAUUGAACAUGUUGAGGAGAGAGCGGACUCUGAGUGCUCUAGCCCGUAG